ACUGUCGGUGAGGCAGAUGCAACUCAGCCAGGCAUGGCCCAGCCUGGUUACCAGGUCCAGAAAUGUGUGAGUGAGGGUGACAAUUCAGGACUGUGAGGUGCCCACUGUACAUGCCCUUCUCAAGCUGCGUUGACCUGUGACCCUGCCAACGAGCACACCGAAGUAAACGCAACCGAAAUGUUGAGAGGGGCCGACCUCACGGACAAACUACCAUCGCCUCCUGCGGGCUACGUCACCACUAACGAUGUCACCAAUACCUGCUGUGUAGCAUCAGAAAUGCCUUUAAUUCAAACCGAUUAUAAGUGGCAUACUAUAACGCCUGUCCGGUCUCUUUUUCCCGACGAAAUCUGCCGAGAAGUGCCAGUGUGCACGGCUCGGGCGACGCGUUUUUUGAGUCAGCCGGUUACCAGUGUCGUCGGCAACGGCGCCGACGAUGUGGACCGGAGUCCGGCCAAACGGUACCAGUGUCCGUGGGAGUGGGACGACAGUGUGGAUGUCGCUCUCAGUCUGGAGGCACUCUGCCUGGAGCGACCCAGGAAGCGGCUCCGCACGAUCCCGCGUGUGACGGAAGAAAACGCUGAUGAGGAAGGGAGCAUCGACCAGAAUGGGGAUGCCGAUCAGGAAGAGGGCACUGACGCGAAAGGCACGGAUCAGGGAGAGAAUGCUGUUCAGGAUGAAAGCACUGCUCAGUCUCAGGAACGGAACACCGGUCUGGAAUGGGACUCAGGUGAGGAACGUAGCACCGGUCAGAAAUGUAGUGCCGAUAAUGAAGGCAACCCAAUUCAAACAGAGAGUGUCGACGAGAAAAGAUGGCCGUUGCAAAUGGACGCAAAGUGUUUUGAGGCUGGGCCAGAAAAGGCUGAGGCUUGCGCGGCAGCGUGUGUUAUCGCUCCUGGCGACUUACAUCCGGGUGAUAAGCAGCUCAUUGAUGAUACAGAGGUGUCGUCUUCUUCCAGUCAGAAAUAUCGCCAAUCUCAGCUGAAUAUCGCUGGGAAAAGUACGGGUCUCGAUUUAUGGAUAGAUCGAGUAAAUGAAGCUCCCGACAGCGGCACAGAACAUGACUUUGCGAUGUUCCUGUCCCAACAGAUGGCAAAGACGCGUAUUUCCGACCUGAGAAUCUUCCCCGCGUCACAACCUGCCGGUGCUAAUGGAUUUAACAAAUCUUCGUCGCAUACAACGAAUCAUCUGUUGCAAGACUCACCCUACCAGUCACCAUCACCACAUCCAGCAAGUGUCCAAUGCCUGAACGGCUGUGAAUCAUUUCUAAACGAUUCCCCUGCGGCCAUGUGUGCGAACAUUCCUGAACCGUCUCCACCGGACCGCACCGACUCACCCAUCGGCUCGCGAAAUCCGAGUCCGUCUCCGGAGAGCGGCAGAGACGACCCUGUGUCUCCGCGGACCGUCAGUCACCUGGCGGAGGUGGUUUCCGCCGCACUGGCAGCCCAGUGUUCCAGCCGCGAGCCGGGCCUGCGCCGCAGUCACGCCGAGCAGGGCUGGUCACCGGGCGAGCCGCGGUCCCCGGGUCCGUCCGAGUCCGGCAGCGCAGACGGACGGUACGACGGCUCGCAGAUCCGCUACAGCCAGGCAGACACAGUGCCGUGCUCCCCGAACGGCAGGCCCGACUUCCUGACCCGUGUGUUCAGUGGACGAACCGAGUCUGAGGCCGCGAGUCUGGCGGGGGCGGACACUCAACUGUCGUGCCAGACAGCAGAAGAGAUGGGUCCGUCAAGUCGCGCCGAAAUCGAGCUAAACGUAUGUACUAUCGUGCCAAACGUAUCCACUCCAAUACUGAGCAUUCGUCCGUCAAGCCCACGUAUAGAGGAUGCUCGGUUUUCGGAGACCGGUGCUGACGAGCCAACGUCGGUCAUCCCGCCUAGUUCGGCGGAGACUCAGCAGAGCCUUUUGGGCCGCGAGGAGAGAGCUCUGUCGCGCGACGAGUCGGGGUCGGACAGUGCGACCCAUCGGUCGGACCAGUCCGGACUGAGCGGCUACAUCGGCCGACUGGUGGACGGCCUGGAGGGCUCCCCGCCCUCACGGCAGGGACGGGACACCGCCGACGCCACGGGUGAACCACUGCUGGGCGUCGGCGGCGCACAUACGAUCAGCGGCGAGAUACCAUACGCUGGAGAGCAAUUUCCGCCCACCGAGUCGGAGGAGCCGUCGCCCCGGUCGCCCAUCCCGCCGCUGUGCCACGAGCAGCGGCUGCAGCUGCUGCUGGCGAGCGGGCUGGACACGGUGUCCGACCGCGGCGCGGCGGCACACGCCACGCCGACCGCGUCGCAGGAGGUGGAGAUCGUUGCCGACCUCGGCCCCAGCGCGGGCUCCGCGGUGUCGGCGUCAGUCACCGUCUCCCGGCCGACUGGCGAGCGGUCCGGGCCGGCGCAGAGCACCCAGCGGGACCCGCUGACGCCGCCGGCGGCGCUGGAGGAUGGGCUCGGCACCUGCGGUCUGUCCCCGGUACUGGAGGAGGAAGAGCCGUCUCCGUCAGUGGCCGCUGUGUCUGAGUUUAACACGGACCAGUCACGCUCGGAGACGGACAGCGAUGUGCUCAACGAUGCCAGGCUCCUGUCGCUGACGGCAGACAGCUCGUCGGACCCGCCUGCUCUGGCCGCUGCCAGCUCGUCGGACCCGCCUGCCCCAGCCGCUGCCCCUACUCCUGCCGUUCCCGUUGCAGACUUUCAGGGAAACGCAAUCACCGGAGACCAGGGUAGAACGAGCCAUCGCGAGGAAGCUCAGAGCAGCGACGAAUCGGAUGGUGUGCGUGAAACGCGUACAGAGUCGGAUCAGUCAUGUGGGUAUGUGACAGACGAGUGCGCCGGUGACCUUUUCUCCGGCGAGAGUGAGAGUGACUACAGCUGCUCCCCGAGUGAUACGGAGUCGGACCGAGCGGAUAUUGUCCCUCCGGUGCCGGCCGACUCGCUGUCCCGUCCGUCUGGAGGCGCUUCGGUGCCACGAGACUCGAGCGCGGCCUCCCGGUGCGUGUUGGCCGGCUCCGCUCGGGAUGACGAGUCGCCCGCCGUCGCUGAGGCGACUGCUCCCCUGGACCUCUCUCCGUUCAGACCCUGUGUCGCCACUGACCCUGCCCCGGCGGCUGCAGUCCAACCAGCAGCCCUCUGUUCGGAUCAACCGCUGGACGAAACAAAGUGCACCAUACCGGUCAACGUCAGUGCCAACCCGGGACCGACGGGACACAGCAGCCCGGGAUCAAACAGACUCCCCGGCCUGCGUCCCGGCUCGGAGGUCAGCUCCGAGGGGCUGGCAGCCAGCCGCAGCAGCGAGGAUCUUUUCCUGGGAGGCGCCGGUCCGCCGUCCCCGCUGGCAGCAGAGGAGGGCCUGCCCGUGUGCGCCACCCAGCCGUUCCGGCCCUCGCUCGGUCUCGGCCCCGCUGGAG